AUGGCGGCCACUACAGUGUUCUCAUUUCUGUUUGUUCUGCUACAUACAGCUCUAGGUCUAUUUGGGGAAGGACCGCUUUGUCUCAGCUGUGAUAAGGUGAUUCUACCCCGUGACUGUGGUCAUGUGACAAGAUGUGGCAUUCAUGAGAAAUGUGUAACUACAAAGUAUGUGACCAGUAGCGCAGUAGUCUGGUACAGAGUUGGAUGUAAGGCGGUACAGCUAUGUGACCAACAAUCUGUCAAUGGACGCCGGAAGUCAGUCGGGGUCAGUGAAGCAGCUUUGUGUGUGAGUUGUUGCAACGACACUGCGCUGUGCAACCAACAUGGCUGUGGAACAACAGGGUUCGAUUCCAGUCAUAAGAUCUGUUAUAAUUGUGCUCAACACAGAACUCCAGGUUCGUGUGACGACAUUACCGUCUGUAGCCAGGACCAGACGUGUGUCAUCACUAAGACGACAUUCGGGUCCGACAACUUCUACACCAGUGGAUGUUUUUCAAAGUCGCAAUGCUCUCAUUCUGAUAUAUCGAUGUGCUGUGAUUCUUCUCUGUGUAACGAUAAUCUAAAUAUAACGAUGACGACAUCGGGAAUGACCACUAUAAGGACUACAGUACCGUCGACAACACGUGCCGUGACAAGAGUGACAGUGCGAACGACGGAAAACACAGCUGCUACUUGUGCAUCAGGCUGGAUCGUCGACACGUUCAGUGGUGUCCAGUACUGUAGACACGACGAUGUAGGAUUGAGAUCAUGGAAUGAAGCGAAGGCCAUUUGUGAAAGAAACCACAGUCAUCUACCAAUCGUCGAUUCGAUCGAACAAAUUACCUUUAUAUUUCUUCGACUGAAAGAUAUUCAGCCAUCUACAUUAAGGAACGUAUGGUUAGAUGGCACCGAUGCUAGCAGGGAAGGUUACUGGAUGUGGAGUUCAACAGGUCAGCUGAUUUCCAACCUAUUUUGGGGUAUCGCACAACCUGAUAACUAUUACGGCUCUCACUCGGAAAACUGUCUGAUGUAUGGGGAGGAGUAUGGUUGGACAUAUAACGACGCAAAGUGUGACAGAAAAGUCAGCGUGUUAUGUCAACAUGGGUUGCCUCCAAUGCCUCAAUAUCCAGCGUGCCCAGGAGGAAACUGGGUUGAACACUUGGACCGAAUGUAUUGUAUCGUACCAUCUACUUUUACUUGGCAUGACGCGAAGGCAUUUUGUACCAAACUGACAGCCCAUCUUCCAAUCGUAGAAUCAGCCAGCGAGGAUAGUUAUCUACGAAGCCUUGUAGCUCACGGGGACGUUUGGAUUGAUGGAACAGAAGAAGGGCACGUCGGUAUUUUUAAAUGGAGUUCAACAGGCACAGAGAUUAAGUUCACAAAUUGGUUUCCUGGGGAGCCAAAUAACUACCUCAACCAAAUGGAAAAUUGUAUAGAGUUUGGAGAGACGUAUGGAUGGCGGUGGAACGACGCCCCGUGCUACAGUAGUAGGACAACUAUCAACAAAGUCAUAUGUGAACGGUUCAAAGCAUUGGCGCCAUCAGCAGUGAUAGGAUGA